AUGACAGAUCCAGGUAAGAGCUACUCUGUUCACAUCAAGGAGUUUCGGGCUGACAUGUCAUCUGUUCAAGCGUACUGGGGCGACUUGGCCCUGAAGACCUUGCCCUUUCUGAGUCCAUCGCAACUAUGGGCCAAUUGGCUGGUGGAGCCAUAUCUAGGACUACCUUUUGGWGCAUAUCUGAAUACAGCACCGCCCCGGAGGCCAAGAGCUCUUACAAGUCCACUGGAACCGUCUCAGCUUUCCCUUUGGUACAGGAUGAACAUUCUUUCGACUUUAGGCACCGAACAACGCACCGACGAUCAGCUAGAUAGUCUCUUGUUCUCCAAGCUUCCAUAUGACAUUCGCGUGAUCAUUUAUGAGAUGGUACUGKGAGGUAUGGUGCUGCAUCUCUCGGCACAAAGUUCAAGAAGCCGCAUCCUCCAUCAUGUGUGUCAAUCGCCCGCAAGAUUCCGAGAGCAAGGCAGUCAUCACAUCUGCUCAGGGUACGCUACAGUCUGUCCAUCGUCGGCUCCCCUGGAGACUUCAACUCAAGCAACUGGGCUACUGCCAUUGUUGGUGAGCUGCCGAAAGGUUUACUCGGAGGCAUGCCCCAUCUUGUACAGUGCCAAUACUUUUGAGUUCACGCAGAACUUCGCCGCUUUUACAUUCUUGAAGAUCAUGCUGCCACCGCAACGUCUAUCUGAUCUUCGGAGUCUUCAUUUACACAUGCGAAUCCCACGGCAUCCCGCUACCAACACAAGAGCAACUCGAGACUGGCAGAAUCUAUGGACCUUUUUUGCCAACGAAACCACAGGUCUCCGUGACUUGUUCAUAGAGCUGCAGAUGCUCCAACCGAUGGAGGAACAGAUUCAGUCUACACGAGAUGAGGAGGCCUCGUCCUGGAUAAGCCCCAUCAUCAAAAUGGCUGCGGAUGCAUAUAACAAACGCGGAUGCGUCGUUGAGAUCGAGRCUCGAUGCGCCAGACAUGAGCCCAGGAAGAUAUAUCAGAAGUUCGCGGACGACGGCGUCUCACGAGAGCAAAGCAGUAUCAUGCGUCUAGCUUGCGCAGCGUUGCACCAGAGUAUCCGAGAGUCUCUAGCUUCUCCGGGAUGA